CGUACGUCGCCCGGCGUGGCCGCGCGUCACUCUGGCGCAAACGGCGAGCCCAACCUGAUCCCGGAAGAAGUGCCGAGGGGCGUAAGAGCCUUCUUCUUCUUCUUGACGUCUGUCAGUUGGUCCGUUCCCCGUUUGAAGCGGCGCGGCAGCCAUUGAUGGUCAGCAUCCCGGGGAAUCAGGUGCAGCACCAUCCGCAAAGCCAGAUCGGGGGAGGAGUCAUCAGAGCCGGUUCACACCCCUCCACUACAGCGACACACACACAGAGAGAGAGAGAGAAACUAAGGAGCGCUCAGCCGUCCGUCCACAGCCAGAAAAAUAUGAUCCGGACACGAUCCUGCGCUUCUCCCACGAAGACAACCUCUGAUCUCAGCCGAACCCAGUGACCACCGCUCGAAAGUCAUGUGUGUGGAGAGCGACGGGUGCGAGAUCGAGAGCAGCAGCGGCGGCACGGACGAGGUGCGCACGCUGUCGGGCAGCAUGAGCCCCGGACUGAAGCCCAGCCCGGACCUGCACUCCUGCAAGCCGGGCCAGAAAUUCUGCGCCGCGCUACUCCGGUGCCGCACGCCGGCCAUCGCCGCGGGGAUCCUGAGCUUUGGGAACGUCCUCAAUUACAUGGACAGAUCCACGGUGGCCGGCGUUCUGCUCGACAUCCAGCGGCACUAUGAGGUAUCUGACAGCGGAGCCGGCUUGUUGCAAACAGUCUUCAUCUGCAGCUUCAUGGUGGCUGCUCCCAUCUUCGGUUACCUGGGCGACCGCUUCAACAGAAAGGUCAUCCUGAGCUGUGGCAUUUUCUUCUGGUCUACUGUGACCCUGUUGAGCUCGUUCAUCAGCAAAGAGUACUACUGGCUAUUUGUGCUCUCCAGAGGACUGGUGGGCAUCGGCGAGUCCAGCUACUCCGCCAUCUCCCCCACCAUCAUAGGAGACCUGUACACAAGCAACAACCGCACCAUGAUGCUCUCCGUCUUCUACCUGGCCAUCCCGCUGGGAUACGGCUUGGGUUACAUCCUGGGCUCCAGUGCCAAGGACGCCGCUGAGGACUGGCACUGGGCACUAAGGGUGUCCCCGUUCCUGGGCAUCACCGUGGGCACUCUGAUCCUGCUCUUUGUGCCUGACCCAAAGAGAGGCAGCGCGGAUCAGAUGGAAGGACGCAUCCCCCAAUCGUGGCUCAGUGACAUGAAGGCGCUCGCCAAGAACCGGAGCUACGUGUUCUCGACCUUGGCGACAGCAGCCGUGUCCUUUGCCACGGGCGCGUUUGGGAUGUUGAUUCCCAUCUACCUGUUCCGAGCGCAGGUGGUGCAGAAGGAGGUGGAAGCCUGCACGAAAAAAGUUUGCAGCAGCAGAGACAGCCUCAUCUUCGGGGCCAUCACCUGCGUGACGGGGCUGCUGGGCGUGGUCAUCGGAGCCAGCACCACGCGGUUCUUUCGGCGUAGAACGGAGCGGGCGGACCCCCUGGUGUGCGCCGUCACCAUGCUGGGCUCUUCCAUCUUCAUCUGCCUCAUCUUUGUCGUGGCCAAGAACAGCAUCGUCGGAGCUUAUGUUUGCAUCUUCAUCGGAGAGACGCUGCUUUUCGUGAACUGGGCUUUGACUGCAGACAUUUUAAUGUUUGUUGUUAUUCCCACACGGAGAGCUACAGCCGUCGCCUUUCAGAGCUUCACCUCUCAUCUCCUGGGUGACGCAGGAAGUCCGUACCUGAUCGGCAAGAUCUCUGACAAGCUACAGGAGCGAUUCGCUUCGUCUGAACUGUGGAAGUUCCUCAGUUUGGGCUAUGCCCUCAUGCUGUGCCCCUUCAUCAUUGUCGUGGGGGGCAUGUUCUUCCUGGCCACGGCACUGUAUUUCCUGGACGACAGGGAAAAGGCCGAAAAGGUCAAGAAGCUGAUGCAGCAGACUCCACCUUCUUCAGUCAAGAAUCCUCCUGCUGCUCUCGUUUGGUUUUCGACUUUGGAACUGGAAGGCGAGGGGAGCGUCUUGCUCUGCCUCGAACUUCCCCCGGUUGGGAGGCGGGGUCGCUUGGAAGUAGCUUUUUCGUCCCACGUCUGCGAGGAUCCGCGACGACGCAACUCUUCUGACUUUCUGAUGCCAUACUACUGAAUGCUGACCAUGAACCUGCCCUGUCGACCUGCCUGCCUGCCGCCAGCGCGCCUCUCAUUUCUCUGUCUGCAUCGAACCAUCGGCUGCCCGUCUGCACCAAGUGCCAUAGCCUCAUUUACAUUCCUAUAAACUUUGCACUGACCACCCACACUCCCUCACGACCUCCUCUCUGACUGCGUUUACAUGCACACAACACCUUUUCCCCCCCCACACAAAAUCCAAAUUUCCCACUAAUUGUUCCGCCCAUGCUGUCCCGUACACAUCGAUCGCAGUAUUAACACCACAGUUCACGUCAUAACCGCAGCGUUCCGCUAACUGACUACACUGUGCAUGUAAACAAAGCAGUCAGCCAAGAGCCAAAAAUAAGAAAAAAAAACAAAAAAAAGUGUUACUGUUUGAAGGUCAGUAAAUCAGCCUUAAGAACAGGAGCUUUCCCCCCCACCUUUGACCUUUAAUACAUGUUUUCCUUUGAGCUUUUAGCACUUAAAACGAGUGUAGACAGUGCCAGAGAACGUGACAGAUGUGAGAACUUUCUGCACAUUAUUACUUUUUCUUGUUUUGUGCGUGUGUGUGUGUGUGUGUGUGUGUGUAUGUGUGUGCGUGUGUAAUGUUGAAGUUUAAUACUGGAGGUUGCUGCCAAUGAUUGUUUCAGAAGGAUCAUGAUGCUGUUUGCGUGAUCUGAAGCGAACACUGGAUUUUUGUUUUGUUUGUGUUAUUUAUUACAUACAUGCUUACACUUGCUUUUCCCAAAAGAGAAAUGGAAUGCUACUUACUGGACUUGGAAAAAAAAGUCCAAGUCCAUAUAUGUGUACAGUAUAUGGACUUGGACUUUAAAUAUGAUGAGCAACAGGAAAAAAAAAAAAUCUUUGUAAAUUUGUUAAAGAUUUUCUUUUCCUUCGUUGGAGAAAAAACAAGCGUUUUGUCCUCCUCACUGCCUUGUCAGCGAGCUGCUUUCCCUUUAGACUGCUGGCUUUCUGAUGGUUGGUUUUGCGUUUCUGGACACAAAAAAAACCCGGCCACACAUGGACGGAGUCUCUUUUUAAUGAAGGGUUGCAGUCCGUUUCUGGGUGGUAAUACAAUGACAGGCACUGUGAAGAGAGACCUUUUUCCCCCCCAUGCAGCUGUAGACAUCUGAUCCCCUCCACCCCAUAUUUGCAGGACAAAACGCAAAGCUGGAGACACAGUCACCAGCUACUUAGUGAUCGAAGUCAAAGAGAAUCCAAGCAUCAGGCAUCUCUGACUUAAACUGACCUUAAUUUCAUCUGUGAGGAAAAUAUCUUUUAUAUAUAUAUAUAUAUAUAUAUACAUAGAUCCAACGCUCCUAGAAUACGUCCAGUUUUGAGCGCGUCUUUACUGAAAGGGAAAGAAAGCGCUUUCCCGACCUCGAAGAGAACCUGGGAAAAGGAUGGGCCUGGUGACUCUGCAUGCGGGCCGGAUCGUUAGCGUUAGCUUCCCUCCAGCUGCAUGGCGCUCUCUGAAUGUGAUUGUGUCUGGCCAGCCGUGUUUACACAUCAACUCCUGAAUGAACUAAGCUCCUUACGUUUUUACAUUUUCUUGUCUUUUUUUGAUGUUACCAAAUGUUUUUUUUAUUUUAACAACUAUGACAGAUGAAUAUAUAUAUAUAUAUAUAUAUAGAGAGAGAGAGAGAAAGAGAGAGAGGAAGAGAGAGCUAUAUCUUGCAGUAACUUUAAUAUAUUGUAUAAAUGAUGGCUUGAAUGCAAUGUAUUUAUUUGUUUUGUUACCAUAAUGAAGAAUAUUCUAUAAAGGGAAGUUUUAUGGUUUGAAUAUACAAUACUUUUUUUUGUCUGUAUGUCAUUUGGUUUUUAAACGCCAAGUAGUUCACCUUGUAUGUAUCACUAUUAAUCAACACAAUACCUUUACCCAUCACUAAGAAAUCAUGCUGUUAACUAUGAUCAUUAUCCAGACAUCUCACAUAU